CGACCUCCACUGGCCCGUCUGCUAAGGUCAGGUUGCCCACUGGAAGGUGAGGGGAGUUCGACUCAGUGACGUCACUUUUCCCGGGAUCUUCCCCGCUUGUUCGCUCCUCUCCACAUGUUACCACGGUAACGGGGAGGUGACGACAGGAGGACAGAUUGGACCAUAUGUCAAUACUUGACAAUUAAGGCAACCAAACAAACAGCUGAAAAAAACUUGAAUCUUUAGAAGAAUAUUUUUUGUAAUUACUAAUAGUUAUUAUUUUUAAUGUAUCACAUCUAAGCUGUUUGGUUAUAUUUUUUAAACGUUUAUCUAUACAUCCGAACCCAUUCGCUGCUGUGGGCGGAACAUGAAUGUUCGUUGCUACUAAACGGACGAGCCGUACACUUUCUCGUAAACUCAAUACAAGACCACCCUUAAAAUAUAUCGCCCAAUCUACAACUAUGUCAUCUAUCAUCAUUUUAAAGUUUUAGCUUAUAGUGCAUUAUGGAGAACCCUGAUAGGCCCAACUGGACAGGGCAAGGCAGCUGGGAGAGGGGAGCAGUUGCAGACAACUGGAGGAGCCAGGGUAGAGGACAACCCUUCAGACCAGAUGGGCCACAGCAUGGUAAGAGGGGUCAGGGGGGUCCAUACCGAGCCAGCCCGAAGAGGGGAGGACUGGGCCCUUUAGCGUAUUCCCCUGGAGGCUUCAGAGGUGGACACAGCCCCUUGCAUAGGGAUGAUCUACAUCGGUUCUGGAGUCCGGAAAACAGUGGAGUAGGUCGAGAAGAUAACUGGAGAGAGCGUUCACAGCAACAGUCGAACUGGAGCAGGAAUGGCCGUGAUGGAGGUCCACGUGAGGACAGGGACCAGUGGAGGAGGGAUCCUGAUGGAAAUGCUCGUAAAUCUGGCAAUAGACGUAGACCAAGAAACAAGGGCAGAGUUUUUGCUGAAGAAGACAGGGACCUUGCAAGUGACGAGGCCACACACCCGGUCAAAGAUAUGGUCGAGAGUUGUCUAAAUAGAGAUGAGAUCUACUCUCUGAAGAAGAAGUCCAACAGCAACCCCAAUGCACUUUACACCUGCGCCCUCUGCGACGUUCACCUUGACUCUGUGUCCGACGCCAACAGCCAUUGCUUUGACAAGCGGCACAAGCGGAGACUCAAGGAGAAGCAAGAGCAUCAGAUGCUGACUGAGAUCCUGCCUCCUGACCCGGAGCAUGUUGGUGCAUUGAAUGCUGCUCUAAAAGCUGUAGUCCGUGAGCAUGGGAUGGAUGACAGCGAUGUACAGAGCAGACGAAAUGUUGUGUCCCUCAUGCAAGACCUCCUACUGUCCGUUCUGCCUGAGAUCAGGCUUCGGUUAUAUGGAUCAUCUUGCACUAAAUUUGGAUUUAAGGAUUCUGAUGUCAACAUUGACAUUCAGUAUCCACCUCACAUGCAUCAGCCAGAUGUCUUGUUGUCGGUCAAGGAGUGCCUCGCUGUGAGCCCUCUUUUUGUUGACCAGGAAGCCGAUUUUCACGCUCGGGUGCCUGUAGUCAUCUGCAAAGAAAAGAAGAGUGGCCUCAUCUGCAAAGUGAGUGCAGGGAAUGAAAAUGCAUUCCAAACCACCUCUUAUCUUGCUUCUCUAGCCAUGCGUGAGCAUCUCCUCCCUCCAUUGGUUCUUGUACUGCGACAUUGGGCAAAGAUCUGUCAAAUAGACCGUGCAGAAGAGGGUGGACUGCCCUCCUAUGUAUUUGCCCUCAUGGUCAUCUACUUUUUACAACAGCGCAAAGAGCCCCUCUUGCCAACGUAUCUGAACCAAGAGAUAAAGACAUUUGCACUCAGCAAACUUUCAAACUUCAACUUUACACAUGUAGAGGAUGGUUAUUUGCACUGGGCUUACACCGCUUCAUCCAAAGACACGACACAGCCAUCAGAGGGCGCCUGCAUGAAAGGAAAGGUUCCACUGGUGUUCCAGAACCCACACCCUUCUGUGGAGAUGGGUCUUCUCUGGGUAGAAAUGCUUCGCUUCUAUUCCCUCGAGUUCAAUAUGGCUGACAAUGUCAUCAGCGUACGGACCAGCGCUGUCCUUUCCCGGGAUUUAAAAGACUGGCCAAAGAAACGCAUCGCCGUGGAAGACCCCUUUGCUGUAAAGAGGAACGUGGCCCGCACUCUUAACAGCCAGCAAAUGUAUGACUACAUCCUGCAUUGCCUCAAAACCACAUAUAAGUACUUUGCAUUGCCACUCAACACGCCGGCAGGCAGGCAUCAAGAACCCGCGAAAGGUGCAAAGGAGUCACGUGAGGCAGAGGCAUGCCUGCCGGAUGUGAGUCGACUCUGCAUUCAGUCCCAGCUUGCAAACAAAGAAGAAAACGGCCCUGAAGACUCUGAUUGCAUCAUUGAAGAAGAGGAGGAAGUUGAAGAUGGCAGUGACUCGGAGGGUGAGAAGGAAAAGGUGGACUUGGGCAAAAGCAGCUUCUCUGAGGAGGAGGAGGAUGAAGACAUGGAGACGCACACAAGGUCUCACCUAGACAGCUUCACCACAGAGGAUGAGGAGAUCUUCCCUCUGGAUGAGAUCUCAGGGGAGGAGCUGUUGUCUGACGAAGAGGGUCCUGAUUUGGACACUCCUGUUUCAAAUGAUGAUGAAGAGGAGGAGGAGACUGUUGUUGCUGUCACCUCGCCUCCACGUUUAGACGACGCUGUUGAAAGUGAGCUCCCAAAAAAUAAAAAACAGCUGCAAAACACAAGGUCAUAUGAAUUCACCAAGCAAGCUUUUACCAGAGGAAAAUCACACAUGGUUGUGUGUAGCUUGUGCAAGCGCGAUGGCCAUUUGAAGAAGGAUUGUCCAGAAGAUUUCAAGAAAGUGCCACUGAAACCUUUGCCGCAGAUGACCUCCGAUUUCCUCAAUGUGCUUGACAAAGUCUGCGAGCAGUGCUAUGUGGACUUUGCCCCAGAUGACUUGGAGUUGACGAUCAGAGAGUGCAUCAUUCAAGAUCUUGAAACCUUCAUCAGACGACAGUUCCCUGGUGCUCGGCUGCAGCUGUUUGGAUCUUCCAAAAACGGGUUUGGCUUCAGGCAGAGUGACCUAGACAUCUGUAUGGUGCGUGAAGGCCAGGACACCAUUGAUGAUGUUGACUGCAUCAAUAUAAUUGAACGUCUUGCAAAGCUUCUGAGGAAACAUCCUGAUUUGAAGAACAUCCUGCCCAUCACUACAGCCAAAGUCCCCAUUGUGAAGUUCUACCACGCUCGCACCAGCCUUGAAGGAGACAUCAGCCUCUACAACAGACUGGCUCUGCACAACACGCGCCUGCUAGCGUCAUACGCCGCCAUUGACAGGAGAGUAAAGCUCAUCUGCUAUAUCAUGAAGGUGUUUGCCAAGAUGUGUGACAUUGGUGAUGCGUCACGUGGCAGUCUCUCAUCUUACGCCUACACCCUCAUGGUACUGUUCUUCCUCCAGCAACGUGAUCCACCUCUUGUACCGGUGCUGCAAGAGCUUUAUGACGGUGAUGAGAAGCCUGAGGUGUUAGUGGAUGGCUGGAAUGUGUAUUUCUUUGACGAUUUAACAACACUUCCCAGUCGGUGGCCACAAUACGGCAGAAACACAGAGACGGUGGGGGAAUUGUGGCUGGGUCUCCUCCGCUUCUACACUGAGGACUUUGACUUUAAAGAGCAUGUUGUGUGCAUCCGUCAGAAAGCCCGCCUCACCACUUUCAACAAGCAGUGGACAUCCAAAUACAUUGUGAUUGAAGAUCCAUUCGACCUCAAUCAUAAUCUUGGUGCUGGCCUGUCCAGGAAAAUGACAAAUUUCAUCAUGAAGGCUUUCAUCAAUGGCAGGACAGUGUUUGGGACACCCUUGACUGUUUUUCCUCCCGAGUACACCAGUCAGAUGGAGUAUUUCUUUGACCCCGAAGUCCUCACAGAGGGAGAAGUGGCUCCCAACGAUCGCUGCUGCCGCAUCUGUGGCAAGAUUGGCCACUUUAUGAAAGACUGCCCCAUGCGCAGGAAGUCACGACACAGGCAGGACUCUGACAGAAGGGCAGAGGGCGCCCGAGAGCGAGCCGACACAGGAGAGGAGCCGGUGUCCAGACACAAAAGCGAGCACUGGAGGAGGAGAGAGCCGCCGGAACCACGCUGUUGCUUCCUGUGUGGAUCCAGCACUCACAUCAAGAGGGACUGUACGCUCUACAGAGGCCCCGCAGGAAAUACCAAGAUGGAAAACUUCCCUUCCGGCUCCUUGAGGAAUUUGAGAGAGAAACAAGGCUCACCUUUAACAGAUGAGAAGAAAAAACAUCAAAAUGUGAUAUUAAGUCCACAAGCAGGUAGUUUAGCUGCCCGCAAUUUGGCUCGCUCCGGUAACAGGAAGAGCCCAGUUGAAUGAGCAGUGUCUACACACACCCCUGAAGUUCAACUCGUGUCCAGGCAGACAACAAACCGGCCACAAACCCUGUCAGUCUUUAACAGGGACUGUCAGCCUGACAGGAUCCCAUUUCAAAGCCAAAGCCAAGACGUCUUGACUUGAAGCCACUUAGGGCCUUUUUUAAAUUGUUUUAUUUUUUUUCUCUCUUUUUCCACCCCGCCUCAGCUUCUCAGAGGAGUUUUAAAUAUUUCCUUUUAACAAGGCGGCAAGCCAUUAUACAUGCACCUCAUGGCUUGACAUUUUAUAAACCAGUUUAAGUCAAAUUGAUUAUUAUCUGACCACUUCAGCAUUUACUGUUGGCUAGUUUUAAUUUGGUGCUGUCCUCAGACAUGAGUGUGCUGCCAUUUAGCUCAGUUGAAUUGAACAUGGUGAUUACGAUAAAUUUAAUUCAAAAGAUAAAUGUCUUUUUUUCUUAUUUAUAUUGUUUCAGUGGCAGAACAUAAGAUAAUUUUUUACAAUGGCCAGAUGAUUUUUAAAAAAUGAUAUUUUAACAUUUCAUUUGUCCUUUGCACUGAUACACCCUUAAGCCCAUUUCAGCUACUCGUUGGAAAAAAAAAGCUGCUUAGAAGCAGCCUUUCUCUCUGUGUUUGUUAGUCACCACAGUAUAGAUGUAUAUAUUUUAGGAUCAUUGUUUCAUUUUAAGAGACUGCUGGUCCAUUUCUAUUUUAUAGACAACCACACUGAUCCCGCCCAUCUUGCCUGUAACUAAAGGCGAAGUAAGACUGCCCACUCCUUUCUGGAGUUUUUCAAGUUUUUUUUUUGAGCAUAUUCGAUAUUAGAGCUGGAAAAAAAGAAGCAAACUGCUUAAAUUAGAACGUGAUGGAAUGGUAGAAGAUGUAUUUAUUUGUCAUAAAUGGAGCCUCAAAUUGGUAGCUGCACUGUUGGGGUCUGUGCCCUCGAUUCAUGUUGCUGCUAGGAUGUCUGGGAGAAGGGGGGAAAAACUGCUUGUCACUCAGUAUAAACUGUCUAGGUUUCAUGCUGUCUUGACGGAAGGUUGAAUUUUACAAAAGAACGUGGUUGAUGAUAUGAUGAUGUACAUUUUUUUUUGUUUGGAAGGUAGCAGUCGUUCUGUUUUCUGUCUGACACAAAUGCUUGAUGUUCAGUGUGCUGUUCAUGAACUGUGGCCUUGCCAGGUUCGGCUUUGGCAUCCAUUUUAGUCAUUAAACCAAAUUCCAUUGGUUCCUUUAAA